UUAAUUGGUGAUUGAUUUAAUUUCAGUGCAAAUUUAAAACGCUUGUAACAACCCUGCUUUCUUUCUCAAUGACAUGUGUGGUUCUUACAGCAUUGCUUUUUUCUUAAUUUAUACUUGAAUAUAAAUAUACUUGAAUGCUCUGCUGAAAUUAGUCAAAAAGUCUGUAAGAUUUUCUUUUCAUUGCAGUAAUCAAUCAGUUAAAGGUUUUUUAUAAAACUUUUAAAAAAUGGGUGAGAAUGCAGUAAAAGAGCCAGUAAUAAAACUAGACCGCCAUGGUAGAAGUCUGUGGAAGAGCCGUUUCUUGUAUGUAAAUAAGUUAAAAAAAAAAUUGAUGGAAGAAAAAAAGGCAGACGGAUCGUUUUUGGAGCGUGGUACUUCUUUGAUGAAUAAAGUCAUCGAAAGUAGUUUUAGUUAUCCCUCUUGUAGUGCCCUUAUUCAGGCAGAAAAGAACAAAGCACAACGUAUUAAGUUUAAGCGUUAUGGUGAUAAAUUUUUUCCAGGCAUUAUAAUACCGGUAUCAGUUGGUCGUUACAAAACAUUCGAUAAAUUGUGCGAAGACAUAACACGUUUCUUCGCUGAAAAAAUUAAACUUCCAGGCCCUAUACGUAAUAUAUACAAUGAGUAUGGAAAUAGAAUCACAAUGGUUGCAGAACUUAGUACUUCCGAGUGCUACAUGUGUUGUUGCAAUAAUGAAGUGUUUAGUAAAAUGAAACCGAAGAAGAACUGCAUGAAGUUAAGUACUGAUUAUGUUAUUGACCAAACACCCAUACAGUAUGGAGAAGUUUUUACUAGAACAAUUUUGUUAAUUCAAAACGGACCAAGACCACGGAAAAUAAAGAAACUCCUUUUAAAUAAGCGGAACAGUGCAAAUUUUGAUUGUGUCUUAAAGGCAAUUAACAACGUAACAAAUUUAACUAGUGGUUGUGUGCGUAAGGUGUUUACCUUAUGUGGUUAUGCAGUACUUGAACUCACAGACUUUUUUGGUGAAGAAGAUAUAUUUCUAGUAUGUGGCAAAGAACGUUUUGACCAGAGUAAAGAUUUUGAACUUGCUCCUAGAGAAAAGGGCAUGAUUGCGAAUAUUUUUGCAAAAGACUGGAAAAUUGGCAAAACUUAUCGUGUCAAACCAAUAGUACCACCGGAAGAAAAUGUAUACGAAGAAUUGAAAAAUUCAUUACCACCAAAUAUACGAGAUAAUUACGAUUUGAAUGGAAAACUUGGCAAAGGAACGUACGGAAUGGUAAUGCAAGUGAUUGAUCGCAAGACUGAUAUACCGUAUGCGCUUAAAAUAAUUGACAAAACAGAUGACGAAGAUAUAGAUAUCGAUGUAGAAGUGCAAAUGCUCAGAAAUUUAAGUCAUCCGCAUAUUGUAUCCUUGCUUCAGGUAAUCGACACCGAAAACAAAAAAUAUAUUUUAUUGGAAUAUGUCGGUGAUAGUACGCUUUUUUGGUUACUUCGUGAUGAAAACCAUUUGUCGGAAGAAAAGACACGUUUGGUUAUGAGGCAACUGGCAUCAGUCUUAGUAUAUUUACAUGAGCUCAAUAUAAUACAUAGAGAUAUAAAACCAGAAAAUAUUUUAGUUGAUAAAGAGAAACAUAAUAACAUUAACAUUAAGCUCUGUGAUUUUGGUUUGGCGGCGGAAGUGAAUGAGACGUUGUAUUUCAAGUGUGGCACGAAAAUGUAUAUGGCACCCGAAAUUAUGUCAGAGGUUGGUUAUGGUCUUAAAGCAGAUGUUUGGUCCUGUGGUGUUACAUUAUGUAGAAUGCUCACUGGAGAUACUCCAUUUGAAAAGAGGUCAACGUCUGAUUGUUUAACGGAUAUUAGUAUCGACAAGAUUAAUUAUCCUGAAUUGUUUGAAAACAAUAUCACGCAAGACUGUAAGGACCUUAUCAAAAAAAUGCUAAUGGUUGAUGCAGAUAUGCGUAUCAACAGUAAGCAAAUCUUGGAGCAUUCUUGGAUCAAGUAUAAAAGAAUAUCGCGACUUAGAAGAUCACUUCAUAAAUGCUGAUAAU